AUGGACUUAAACACAUAUGGUAUAUAUAUUUCAAUCAAAAAUCAACGUACUUCACCUAUCAAAGUUUCUUCGAUCGAUCUCAUGAGAGCCGAGUGUCAUGAUAGGCUGAGCAUCGCAAAUGGAUGCUCGAGAGACGUUGUGUUGUCACAUGUUUCUGCAAUCCAAAAACAUGUUUUCCAUCCAAAAUCAAUCCCAAAAAAAAAGGAGAGAACUCUCGAUUUUAAUCGAUACAAACUCCCCCAACGGUACUGA